CACAUGACGUACUGGCUCAGUGUAACCAGACAUCCUGCCAGUCAGAGGAGGGAUUUCACAUGUCCCAUGAUCAGUACCUGAAGGGAGAUCUCUCCCUCACCAUCACUGAUGCUGAUUACACUAAGAGGUCCUUGUACACCUGCGCCUGUAAAGGUCAAGAGCGCUGUGAUGUGAGUCUACAGAUAGAGGCCUGUAAUUCUUCAGUUCAGAUUAAGCCUGGUGAACCUCUGGUGCUGGAUUUGCUCAUAUCAGAGUCAGUGGAGGUGAUUUAUAACAGCACAGGUGCAGCUGCUCCCUCUAGUGGACAGAUCUGUACAGUGGCUGGACACUCACUGAAGUGUAAACCUGAAUACACUCAGAGAGUGUUGCUUAUCUCUGCUGUGGAGCUGCAAGGAACCACACCAUCUGAUAGUGGAGUUUACAUCAUCAGAGACACUAAGCAUGAAGAGAUUAUACAGACAUACACAGUUACUGUGGAAGAGUUGGAUCCAGCCAAGACCGCAAAGGCCAUGGUUGAGACCAAAUAUCAACAAGAGAAAGAGAAGACCAAAGUUGAGGUCCAGAAAGUUCCUGCAGCAAGGAAGCUGGUGGGCUAUUUUAGAAGCAGCACAACUGUCAAAGAAACAAACUGUGGUGUGAUUUUGAUGCCACAUUCAUGGAGGCCAGAAGAACACACAAUGUCACUGCUGAUGCCACAGUUGAAGUGCAGACCUGGCAGAACUGAAGAAAAGCAGAACACAGGGUCCCCUCCAGUACUGGGAGAGGCAGGGGUGCAUAUAUCCAAAUCUCUACAGGUUUGCUGUGGGAUACUUGUGCACCUCUGUCUCCUCAGUACCAUGUGA